CUGCGUCGGGAAAGAAUUUGGUUUUUCCAUGGAUUCUCUUGAAGCCAAUUACAGAGGCGAACCAGAGGAAGACUCGCAUUCGCCAACCCAUGACCCGACCCGAAUUCCUCCUCCUCUCGGACCCGGACGACAAGAUCUGACGCCGCCGCGGCAGUCGAAUUCGAAUGUUGUCGUCGAGGAUGAAAACAUCGCCAAUUUGGAGAAAGUUGAAGAAGCUGGGGAUUCGGGUCGGCCCGGAUCCGACGCGAAGCUCGAAUCCGAUUCUCUCUCUGAGGAUGGUCCGACUGCUUCCUCUGACAACCUCAAGUCCCCCAAGCCGGAAUCCGCCGCUGCCCAAAACGGCGCCUUACUGGGAGAAGAGGACGGAGACGAGGAAGACGAACCACUGCCGAAGAAGCAGAAGCAACUGUCUUCUCUUACGUUAUUGCCUGUGAAAGAGGAUCCAGAGGAAGAGCAACCUCCGCCGCCGGGUCUCACGGCGGCAGCGGCGGAGUCGGAAACCCCGGUCGCGAGUACAGCGAAGAAGUCGAAGUCGAAGAAGAAGAACAACAACGUCUGGGUGACGAAGAGCACACGCAAGGGGAAGAAGAAGAGCAAAGCCAACACGCCGAACCCUGCGGCCGUGGAGGACAAGGUACUGAUAACUCCGGUCCCUAGGUUUCCCGACAAGGGAGACGACACGCCCGACAUGAAAAUAUGCCUGUCAAAAGUGUACAAAGCUGAGAAAGUGGAACUUAGCGAAGAUAGGCUUAGUGCAGGAAGUACCAAAGGGUAUAGAAUGGUGAGAGCAACGAGAGGGGUAGUAGAAGGGGCAUGGUACUUUGAGAUUAAAGUCGUGAAUUUGGGUGAGACGGGUCAUACCCGACUCGGGUGGUCGACCGAGAAAGGAGAUUUGCAGGCUCCAGUAGGUUACGAUGGCAACAGUUUCGGAUUUAGGGAUAUUGAUGGUAGUAAGAUUCACAAGGCUUUAAGGGAGGAGUAUGCCGAGGAAGGGUAUAAGGAAGGCGACGUUAUCGGUUUCUACAUAAAUUUGCCUGAUGGUGCUUCAUUUGCGCCAAAGCCUCCUCAUUAUGUAUGGUAUAAGGGGCAGAGAUACGUUUGUGCUCCCGAUGCGAAGGAGGAGCCUCCUAAAGUUAUACCAGGGAGUGAGAUAUCCUUCUUCAAAAAUGGUAUAUGUCAGGGGGUUGCCUUCAGAGAUCUAUACGGUGGUCGUUACUACCCUGCUGCUUCUAUGUACACUCUCCCUAAUCAGCCAAAUUGUGUUGUGAAGUUCAAUUUCGGACCUGAUUUUGAAUUUUUCCCCGAGGAUUUCGGUGGGCGUGCAAUUCCAAGAUCUAUGUGUGAGGUUCCAUUUCAUGGGUUUGAUGCUAGGCUUGAAAAUAAUUCUUCCGAUGAUAAGAAAAGUUAGUCAGAAACAGGCAGCACAUCCUUUACCAUUGCGGCAUUUUUAUUUUCUAGGGCUGGAGAUUGUGAGGUUUUAGGCUUUCUAUUUGUAACUUAGUACAAAAUCAAGAGUAGGAAAAGAACGAACGACUUCUUGUAACAUGUUUACUUCCGAAACAGAGGAAAUCAAGCUGGGUUUUCUGCUA